UCCGCGCGCCAAAAUCAAACCCCGGGGCCCGCCGGCUGGAGAACCUGCUGCCGCGGGAGCUCGGCUUGCGUGUCGGGUCACGCUCGGCAGUGGCGCGAGCCCCAGCGCGCGCACCUGUGGCCACUUCCCAGCCCUCCCUGCUAGCGCCCCGGGCCGCCGCAAGACCAGAAUGGCCACCCCGCCGAAGAGGAGCUGCCCGUCUCCCGCGACCGGCUCUGAGCGGACCCGCAUCAAGAAAAUUGCCGUCGAAGGCAACAUCGCUUCAGGGAAGACAACAUUCGUGAAUAUCCUUAAACAGGUCUGUGAGGAUUGGGAAGUGGUUCCUGAACCUGUUGCCAGGUGGUGCAAUGUUCAAAAUGCUCAAGGAGACUGUGAGGAACUGACGACAUCUCAGGAAAGUGGUGGAAAUGUUCUUCAGAUGAUGUAUGAGAAACCUGAACGAUGGUCUUUUACCUUCCAGUCAUAUGCCUGCCUCAGUCGAAUACGAGCCCAGCUUGCUUGCCUUGAUGGCAAGCUCAAAGACGCAGAGAAACCUGUAUUGUUUUUUGAGCGAUCUAUAUAUAGUGACAGGUAUGUCUUUGCAUCUAAUUUGUAUGAAUCUGACUGCAUGAAUGAAACAGAGUGGACAAUUUAUCAAGACUGGCAUGACUGGAUGAAUCAACAGUUUGGCCAAAGCCUUGAACUAGAUGGAAUCAUUUAUCUUCGAGCCACUCCAGAGAAAUGCUUGAAUAGAAUAUAUUUACGGGGAAGAAAUGAAGAACAAGGCAUUCCUCUUGAAUAUUUAGAGAAGCUUCACUAUAAGCAUGAGAGCUGGCUACUGCAUAGAACACUGAAAACCAACUUUGAUUUUCUACAAGAAAUCCCUAUCUUAACAUUGGAUAUUAAUGAAGACUUUAAAGACAAACAUGAUGGUCUGAUUGAAAAGGUCAAAGAAUUUUUGAGCACUUUGUGAUUUUGCUGAAGACUACAGGCAGCCAAAUGAUUCCAGAUACUUCAGCUUUGUGUAUCUUCGUAGCUCAGUAUUCAUACAAGUCUCUAGAAAACCCAGGUUUUUUACCAUUUUUGUUCCAAGAAAAAAAUUGUUUUGAUGAAUUCUAUGUAAAAGUUUAUGAGCUGUUCCUUUCUUUUUUGCCUUAAAAAAAUAAGACAUCUAAUUAUCUCUCACAACAAAAGGUCUGGAGGUAGAUGGUUCCAGAGUUAGUACUGCCUAAACUACAUCACAAAGGACCCAGUCUCCUUCUGUCUUGCCCCCUAUUAUGCUCCUCAGCAGGUUGGCUUACCCCCUCCCCUCACCAGUUUCUUAACUGGGAACUUUAAUAUUAUAUAGUAAAUGGUAAUGCACCCUGUGUAAAUUAAUGUAUCUAUUGCAAGCUGGAAAGUGGAAUUUAAGGAACCCUUAUAAAAGGAUUAUGAAGUUUUAAAUACUUUUGAUCAAGUGUCUCCCCUACCAUCUUAAUUUAUGUGGAAGAUAAAACAUUUUAGUAUUUAAUCACUUCAGUGAUAUUUAUGAAUGUGUCUAAAAUUCGUUCAUAAAGGAGCGGGUCAGACUUUGCUCCCAUUUUGUAAUGGCAUAAACUAUCUUACAAGUAUUUAAUCUUUUUUUCUGCUUUUGUUUCCACAUCUGUGGUAUGGGUGAGACUACAUCUUUUUCUAUGGGAUUUUAGAGGAUUAAAGCAGAAAUGAUAACUCAAAAUGUUUCUGUACUUAAAAGAUAAAUGAGGGGUGCCUGGAUGGCUCAGUUGCUUAAGUGUCUCCCUUUGGCUCAGGUCAUGAUUCCAGGGUCC